CGCUCAGUUGUAGUUUGCAAUAUUUUGAUAAAAUACCAUGCGAAAUUGGGUCUAUCCUCAUAAGCAUUAAAGGGGACCGGCAUUACAGCUCUCUCUGUCAAGUCCGGAGAUAAGCCCAAAGCCGAGAGCACUCGGAGUACUUUAGCAUUCAUGAUAACUACGAAGCACAUAUAUAAGUGGCAGUUCCUAUCCCAGAGAGCUUUUGUCUGGAAACCGCUUGCAGCUACGCAUAGGGACUGGUUGUCGCUUUGUAAGCCAGGAAAACCCAAAAGUGCCAACGCACCGUACAAGUUCAUAAACAGGGCCCAAGCUAUAUUUAGUAGGAUCAGUAGCGUCGGAGAAUUGCGCAGAGCAGAGCUUGUUCAACUGUCAACGGAAGCAGCACGCGAUAACAAAAGUCAAAUCAUUCGCAAAAAGUCUCAAAAUGAAGGCCUUUCUCUGGGCUUUUGUGGCUUUACUGGGGUUUGUGAGCUGCCAGCAGGUGUUGGCCAAAACUGUGACCACUGAUUACAUAGACCUUCUCGACCUGAACGAUAAUGACGAGUUCCAAUGGGGAGAGGCCGAAAACCAACAAUACAGCCAAGGAAAUCACAGCGAGGAAAAUGGCGUUGUGAAUUAUCUGUCACGACAUCGUCUAAACAAGCGGCAAGCUCCCACCUCCCAGUUGCUGGAGAAUAAGGAUUACGGUCCAUGCAGCACUUCGCUGGGCGAAUCCGGUCGCUGUCGACACAUCAUCUACUGCCGCAUGCCGGAGCUCAAGAAUGAUGUAUGGCGCCUAGUCUCGCAGCUAUGCAUCAUUGAGAAAAGCUCCAUCGGAAUUUGCUGCACUGAUCAGAUGACGAGCAACCGCUUUAGUCCGCAGAUCGUAACCAGUCAGGAUCAGGAGGAGCCGCGCAUCGUAAACAAACCGGAGCAACGUGGCUGUGGAAUCACCACUAGGCAAUACCCCAGGCUUAGCGGUGGUCGGCCAGCCGAGCCGGACGAAUGGCCCUGGAUGGCGGCCCUGCUAAGGGAGGGCCUGCCCUACGUGUGGUGCGGUGGUGCUCUGAUCACCGACCGUCAUGUCCUCACCGCCGCCCACUGCAUCCACGGCAUGAAGAAGGAGGACAUCUUUGUCCGUUUGGGCGAGUACAACACUCACAUGGUGAAUGAGACGAGGGCGAGGGAUUUCCGCAUUGCCAAUAUGGUCCUUCACAUUGAUUUCAAUCCACAAAACUAUGAUAACGAUAUUGCCAUUGUCCGGAUCGACCGAGCUACUUUGUUCAACACCUAUAUCUGGCCAGUUUGCAUGCCACCGGUAAAUGAAGAUUGGACGGGCAGGAACGCUAUUGUUACGGGUUGGGGCACUCAGAAGUUCGGUGGGUCUCAUUCCAACAUAUUAAUGGAGGUCAACCUACCUGUUUGGAAGCAGUCCGAAUGCCGCCUCGCCUUAGUUCAGCAUGUUCCGGACACCGCCUUGUGUGCUGGAUUUCCCGAAGGUGGACAGGACUCCUGUCAGGGCGACAGUGGAGGACCGCUGCUAGUUCAGCUGCCCAAUCAGCGUUGGGUCACCAUUGGCAUUGUGUCCUGGGGCGUCGGCUGCGGCCAGCGCGGCCGUCCAGGUAUUUACACCCGUGUGGAUCGGUACUUGGAUUGGAUUUUGGCCAACGCGGAUGCCUAAGCUAUAAGCCGAAGUUUCUAUUGUUUGUCAGUGCAUUCAAUUUACUUGGCAUUAUGUUUAACAAAUGCUACGACCUAAAUACACGAAUUAACCUGAUAA